GUCCCUGACAAAAAGGGAGAAACCGAGAAAGCAAUUUAUAGUUUUGGUCUUUUGGAACACCCAAUUUAUUGAAUUUAACAGGUUGAGAAUGAGCGCUAAAACUUCCCCUUGGCGCCAAAAAAUUUUACUGCACAGUCUCAAAUAUACACAAUUCUACCGUAAAGCUUAAACCCUUUCAUACAUUUUCUCUGUCACUCUCCCAUUCUCACCUCAACGAUGAAUCGCCAGAAAUCGAUACUUUCAUUCUUCCAGAAAGCCUCGCUGGAAAACAAAUCUUCCGGUGAGCGCCGACCUCCCGAUUCGUCUGUCCGUCAACACGACCGUAAUUUCACGGCCGCCGUCAAUCCUCCAGCGCCGGCGGUAGAAGAUGUCAGAGGAACCGACACGCCGCCGGAGAAGGUGCCGCGUCAGGUUCUACCGGCGACCUUCGCUUCGAGCGGGAAUGGCUUUGCUCCUAACCUCUUUGAGAGCAUCAUGCACAAGUUUGUCAGCGACGGCGAUAAGCUUAGUCAUAGGAGCCAGUCAUCAGAUGACAGUUUGUGUAAGUCUUCUUCACCAUCAUGUGCUAACGGUAAGGGACAGCAUCUGGAGUAUGAAGGAGCUUUUCAACCUAUGGUGAAAAAUACUGCUGUAAAGGCAAAGGCAAAUCAGUUAAAGCCUAUCGAAAUUAAUGAUGAUGUUGUUGGGCCUGAAACACCAGGGAUGCAGCCUCUUGCUUCUCAUGCUAAGCGAAGUCGAGAUGAUGAAUCCAAGUUUCGUUCGUUGAUGGAUUCUGGCAAACGAGUCAGAUUUCUUGAGGAUUCACCAUCACUGAACUUGACUAAGAAGGAAGCAGAAGUGGCUAGCAGGUUUGAGUGGCUUGAUCCUUCUCGAAUCAAGGAUGCAAGUGGAAGAAGGCCCAAUGAUCCUUUGUACGACAGGACAACACUUUAUAUACCUCCGGAUGCUUUGAAAAAGAUGUCAGCUUCACAGAAACAGUAUUGGAGUGUCAAGUGUAAAUACAUGGAUGUUCUGCUAUUUUUUAAAGUGGGGAAGUUUUAUGAGCUCUAUGAAAUGGAUGCUGAAAUUGGCCAUAAGGAGCUUGAUUGGAAAAUAACAUUAAGUGGUGUGGGAAAAUGUCGACAGGUUGGUAUAUCUGAAAGUGGGAUUGAUGAUGCUGUUCAAAACUUGGUUGCUCGGGGAUACAAGGUUGGAAGGGUGGAGCAGUUGGAGACAUCCGAAGAAGCAAAGGCUAGAGGAGCCAACUCUGUUAUUCAAAGAAAAUUAGUUCAGGUCAUCACUCCAUCAACCACUGUUGAGGGUAAUAUUGGACCUGAUGCCAACCAUCUGCUUGCAAUAAAAGAGGGUAGCACCAGCUUGGAUGAUGGUUCAGUUGUGUAUGGAUUUGCUUUUGUUGAUUGUGCUCGUCUUCGAUUUUGGGUUGGCUCCAUUGAUGAUGAUGCAUCAUGUUCUGCUCUGGGAGCUUUAUUGAUGCAAGUGUCGCCUAAGGAAGUUAUAUAUGAAAGUAGAGGGCUGUCCAAAGGAGCUCAGAAAGCGCUUAGAAAAUUCUCAUUACAUGGUUCAACAACAUUACAGUUGACUCCAGUGCAGUCUAUUGCUGACUUGGUAAACACAGAAAUCAAUGAUUUAGUUCGCUCAAAAGAAUACUUUAAGAGGUCUUUUCAUUCACUUGAUUAUGUGCUGAGCAAAGUUACUCAUCAUGAAACUGCAAUGUGUGCUCUUGGUGGACUGAUUGAUAAUCUAGUUAGAUUGAAGCUAGAUGAUGUCCUUCAAGAUGGGGAUAUAUAUCCUUACCAAGUUUAUAGGGGAUGCCUUAAAAUGGAUGGUCAGACGUUGAUAAAUCUGGAGAUCUUUGGUAAUAAUGCGGAUGGUGGGAAAACAGGUACUUUGUACAAAUAUCUUGAUAACUGUGUGACUUCAUCUGGAAAGCGGCUUCUUAGGAACUGGAUCUGUCGUCCUUUAAAAGAUGCUGAAGGAAUUAAAAAUAGGCUUGAUGCAGUUGAUGAUUUAAUGACUCACCCGGAGAUUGUGUCACAUAUUGCUCAACAUCUUCGCAAGCUUUCAGAUUUGGAACUAUUGCUUGGCCGAACCAAGUCCAGCCUUCAACUAUCAGGCCCUCUUUUACUGCCUUUGUUGGCAAAAAAAAUAUUGAAGCAGAGGGUGAAAGUAUUUGGGUCACUUGUGAAAGGGCUUCGCACUGCUUUGAGUUUGUUGCUUCUUCUACAGAAUGAGCAGCCUUUAACAUCAUCCUUGACAAAAGUCUUUAAACUACCAAUUCUGGCUGGUAGUGAUGGGCUUGAUCAAUUUCUUAGUCAGUUUGAAGCAGCUGUAGAUAGUGACUUCCCAAAUUAUCAGAAUCAUAAUGUUACAGAUUCAGAUGCUGAAACACUUACAAUACUUGCUGAACUACUUUUGGAGAAAGCUACACAAUGGUUUGAAGUUGUUCAUGCCAUCAAUUGCAUUGACGUGCUAAGAUCCUUUGCUGUUACUUCUAGCUUCUCAUCUGGAAGUAUGUGUAGGCCUGUCAUAGUGCCAGAAAGUUUUACGGGUAAAGACAAUGGAGGACCUGUGCUUAAAAUGAAGGGGUUAUGGCAUCCAUUUGCCCUCGGAGAAAAUGGAUGUGUGCCUGUCCCCAAUGACAUAAUUCUUGGUGAGAAUGAAGGUGGGCAUCAUCGCACAUUGCUGCUGACUGGACCAAACAUGGGUGGAAAAUCAACACUUUUGCGUGCUACCUGUCUGGCUGUUAUAAUGGCCCAGAUAGGCUGCUAUGUGCCAUGUGAAAGUUGUGUUCUCUCAGCUGUGGAUAUCAUCUUCACACGGCUUGGAGCAACAGAUAGAAUCAUGACAGGCGAGAGUACCUUCUACAUUGAGUGCACAGAAACUGCAUCAGUUCUCCAGAAUGCUACCCAAGAUUCUUUAGUUAUACUUGAUGAAUUGGGUCGAGGAACCAGCACUUUUGAUGGCUAUGCCAUUGCAUAUGCAGUAUUCCGCCAUCUUAUUGAAAAUGUCAAUUGUCGGUUGCUAUUCGCCACACAUUACCAUCCACUCACUAAAGAGUUCGCCUCUCAUCCGCAUGUUAAAAUGCAGCACAUGGCUUGUGCUUUCAAGUCAAAAUCUGAUGGCUAUUCCAAAUGUGGUGAGGAACUAGUAUUCUUAUACCGGCUUGCCUCCGGAGCAUCUCCGGAGAGCUAUGGGUUGCAGGUUGCCCUUAAGGCUGGGAUUCCGGAGAAUACCGUAAAGGUUGCUUCAAAGGCUAGCCAACAGAUGAAAAAAUCAAUUGGAAGAAGUUUCAGAUCAAGUGAACAGAGAUCAGAGUUCUCAACACUUCAUGAAGACUGGUUGAAGACCCUAGUGUCUUUCUCACGGAUACAAGAUUCUAAAUCUUUUAAUGAAGAUGAUUUAGAUUCAUUAAUAUGUUUAUGGUAUGAACUAAAAGCUGCUUUUAGAUCGGGAAAACAGAUGUUUUAGUGGCAGGUAGGAUGGGGUCAAGGAUCUGACUUUCAUAGUGCAAUAUGUAAAUUUAUACUGAUUGAGUAGUUUUAUACUUUUAUUUUCCUUUCAGAAACAUAAUAGCUUCUUUGUUUUGCUUUUAUAUGGAAGAAAGGGAAAAGAUGCAAAUAUAGAAUUAGAGAACUAGCCAAUAUAUAAUGUCUGUCCCUUGUCUUCUUGUGACACUCGAAAUAAAAAUAAUCUUAGGCAUUAAAGUAUGUUUAACACUAAAAGAUGUUACCGAUUUUUUAUUUUAUUAUUAUUGCUGGGCUUAAAAACCCCAAACCAAGGGAAAGCCAAAACAAAUUAGACUAAGCCCUGCUUUCGGCGCCACGCACAGGGUCCAAUCGGAGAUCUAUUCACCGGCAAGCACAGCGGGAGGAGCCUGCCAAGAAGCAAAUCAAAUCCGCCAUUGAAGCCAAUAUUUGCCUAAGGCUGUUGGCUACUGAAUUAUCG